AUGAGUCGAAACAACACGCCAACUGUCAGCCCAAACCAGCCAUACAUAGCGACUACCCAAAUAGAUUCACCGUACGCAUCCAAUCUCCACACCAAUUAUACCCCUACGGAAUCAGAAAUUCUCGAAAUCAAGCAGCUUUUGACCGAACCUCUCAAGCGUUUAUCUAGCCUUGACGCUGAGAUCGAAAGGGUGCAAUCGAUUCUCGACGAGCUACAUCGCGAGCAUCGUGCUCUGAGUGAUGAGAUCGAGGCUCAUCGAGCACUGAUCUCGCCUAUUCGCCAACUCCCGCUCGACGUGCUCGAGGAGAUCUUCGUCCAUUGUCUCCCUAAAGGUCGCAACGCCGUCAUGAGCGCUCAGGAAGCUCCGAUUCUGCUGGGUCGCAUCUGUAGCGCGUGGAGAUCCAUCGCACUAUCAACCCCGCGGCUUUGGUCGAGCCUUCACAUACCGACACCUACGCAGAUAACCGAAACUGGGCAAGACCCUGCUCAACUAGAUCCCACAUUUAUUGCCAAGGUGGAGAGGCGCUGCGAAGCGGCACGGGAAUGGAUCAGUCGUUCAGGAGAGAGCCCCAUCUCCAUCUCUGUCUGCACUCCAAGGCAUUCCUACCCUUAUGAUUUGCAACCCUCGAACAUGAACACUUUCGAAAUUGCGAUAACGCAGAUACUCGCUUCCAGCCACCGAUGGAAAAACGUAGAUUUUAGGGCAACCGAAGACUCAUUUACUCGUCUCCAACAGCUCACAGAGGAUGAUGUACCACUGCUAGAAUCCCUGGUCAUCGCCAGCGGGCCUCUGACACAUGCAUGGGAUCCACUCGCAUCAGAUUUUGGUGGGCGCUGGACGGAAUGCUCAGGUCUUCUGUCAGCUAGGAAGUUGUGGAAGCUUUCCUUAUCGUAUCUUAGAGAGGACCUCCUCUCAUUGCCAGUGCGUUGGUCGCAGUUAACCCACCUAAAUUUGGACCUCGAUAUCUUCGGAGGGACUUCGAGGGGUCUCAGAUAUAGCGAUGUUAUCAAAGUGUUGACAAGAUGCCCACUGCUUGUGAGCUGUGGCUUGCGUUUGGGAGGCACGUCAUUUGACGUCGUUCUACAACCCGAUCACGAAGUGCCCCUAGCUGAAUACAUCCUUUCCCUUCCCCUUCUCGAGAACCUUCAUCUCAAUCUCAGCGGUAGGCGGGAUGAGUGUCAUUUGAAGCAUCUUGAUCUUCCGAGACUCUGUCAUCUCGAAAUUAAAUUUCCAAAAACAUCUAAUAUUAGUCGGCCCUCGUGGGUAGAUUUCCUCUCGCGUAAUGGUGGAUCUGUGAAGCACUUGUCCAUAGAUAUCCAUUCAUUGACUCGGGAUGAACUUUUUGGUUUCCUCGAAUCAGUCCCACUUCUCAUCCACCUCCAUAUCAGCGACCACUCCAGUUCUUUGUCUGUCGUCGAUGAUGAAGUCAUUGAUCGCCUCACUCCUUCUGGCGAAAAUUCUGAUUGUCUGUGCCCAAUGCUUGAAGAAUUUGAAUGCAAUGGGAACCAUUGCGCGAGCUUUUCCGAAGCGCAGUUGUUGUCUUUGGUUCAAAAGCGGAGUGAAUCUGAAAAGGUUGGAGUGCUGAAACGAGUAGACGCCACUUUCGAUCGCCGCGAGCCAAAGAACUUCGAUGAAUUCCUUGAUUCGCUUACUGGGACUGGGCUGAAAGUUUCUCGGCGGAACUGGACUGGUGCCGUCAUUCACCCCGAAUCAAACAACACCAAGCUAUCUACUGUUGUACAUAUCAAAUAUGCAGCAGACUCGUGGCCAUUACGAUUGGAUUCUUUUUCUCCUUGGGAUGGUCAGGAUCUGGACAGGACUCCAGGUUCCACGGAUCUUGAUUCUGACUAUUAG